GGGGGAGAAAGUGGGAGGAGAGGUCAUAGCGCCGCUGAGAAGAGUUACUCCAACUCCAGCCGAGGAGGCGGUUUCCCCCCCACCCCGCAACUCCCCACCCGCUCCUUCGGCUGUCUUCGCAUCUCGCUUGCUUGGAGGGAGGUGAGGCGCCGAAAGCCCCCGCCGGAAGCGGCGUUUCUGCUCCUCCAGACGGGCCGAGGCCUAAGGGGGCUCUCCUGGUUCACUUUAGCUGAACUUUGGCAGAGCCGUAGAUCUCAACCUCUCCCCUUCCCACCCACCCCCGCCAUCCCUGAGGAGGAUUGGAGGCUUUAAGCUGCUCUGCUCUCGCUUGUUCUCGGCUACAAAUGCCGCUCUGAGGCCUCUUGCCAGGGUCAUAAUAAGCACUUUCCCUCCCCCGCCCCCCAUGAACAGCCUGAGCGGGGGGCCGUCAGAAAGCCGGAGAAAAUAUCAGCAAUAUUCAUUUGAAAAGAUGAUCCCCACUUCGGAAAGCCGGAAGGAACAAACUAGAAGAAAGUCUCUCUCUCUCUCUUUUUUUUUUUGAAAAGUUAAUUUAGUGCCUCCUUUUUUCGGUACUCUGAGAAAUGGGCUGCCGUUCUCACAAACUUUUAUGGCUUGGAUGGAUUUAGGAGCAAUGUCUUCCCAAGAAGGUGAGUUUUAGGAAGAGGCACUGAUGCCCUCCCUUCCCCUUCCUUUCCCAAGAAGGAACUUCCCAAAGCUGGAAGGUUUGUUACCAGCUGGACACGAGACCAUGGAGGAAAAUUUCUCUACUGAAAAAAGAAUAGUCAGCAUAAAGCAGUGUGCUAAAAAUACUUCUAGACCCAAACAGCCUGACAAGUGCUCUGAACAUGUAAAUAAUUUUUCUCUAAGUGGGCCAACUUGGAUUCCAGUGGGACAGAAAGAGUCUGUAAGUAAGUCCACCUCUGUUUUGCAGUCCAAGGUUAAAGCUCUUAAAGAGAAAAGGAACCUCAUAAACAAGCGAACUGAAGCAAUAUCCCAGGAAGAGGCUUCUCUAAGGAAGCUUAAAGCAUGGAAAGGAGAGCCACCAACAGACCCCGUUCUUCAGAAUGCAGUAGUGGAGCCACAAGCUCAAAUCCGCACUUACUUGACAGAUAUGCUGCUGGACAGCACUGAGUAUCCACAUCAGAUGCAGGAGGAAUUUCAGGGAACAAGCCUUCCAGAUCCAUACAUCAGUGAUUCUGAAACACAAUCUAUGGUAACAGGAGAGCCCACAGGCAUGAGCCCACCAAAGGAAUUCAGAAGGCUCCCAGGAAGAAACAUACCAGAUAAAAAGAAUUCUUUAGGAAGCUCCACGAAAAAGGUACCCUUAAGUGCCAUCUCUGGAACUGGCUCUUUAAAGGACCUUUCCUUUAUCCCAACAUCUUUUGAAGAAACAAAUGGUAGAGAAGACCAUCUAAUUCGGCCUAAGGAGUUUGACAGCAACUCUAUGAUAAAGAAUGACAGCUCUGAGGUGGCAUCAGUUGGGAGAAUUUGGAGGACAGAGAGCUGGGACAGUCUUGGCAGUAGCAGCAGCAAUGUCAGUACUUUGUCUUUAGCAGAGAGAGUGGAAAGAAACCGGACUAAGUUGCAGGAGAUGCUGAGCACAUCACAGUUGAACAGAAGUUAUUUGCAGGAACCUCAUACUUUGGCUACUAAUCAGAAGGAAACCCAAGACCUUGGGCCUAAUAAUGAGAUUGUGCCAAAUGAUGGAACGUGGGAUUCGAAUGUCUCCUUGCAGGAUUCUGAAGGCUAUCGGGUCUUUGUUCCUAACCAAAAGCUAGAGCUGAGCCCCAGGCAUGAACAGGCCAAGCAGCUGCUACAGAGAGCUCGUAUGAAGGCCAGGACAAACCCGCUCCGAGCUAGCCAUAACAUCCUCCUUACUGCCUCCCCAGACAAGAGGGGUACCUGUAGAUCCUCUGUUGCAGAUACAAAAGACUUUGUUUUGAAGAAUGGAAACAUCCACGCGAGUGGAAACCAGAGUGAUUCAUCUAGUGGUGACUCCAGCUAUGGGCAGCAGAGGAAGCAAGGACCAUCUUCUUCUCGGGUGCGUUUUGAGGAUGAAUCUGCAAGGGAUGCUGAAGUUCGCUAUAUGGAACGCCUGCAGCAACGUCAGAAACGGCCCUUAGAUUCAGUUCUGUUAUCUCUUGGCCAGGGCCCACUGCUCUCCAAACCAGAUCUUGCUGGCUAUAUAAAUGGUGACCUCCAGCGUAAAGACAAGAGCAUCAACAAACCUAGCUGGGAACAUCAAAGCAUGGGACAGGGAGCCAAAAUGCAUAUUCACCAGAGCAAUGGAGGAUGCUCUGAAAAGGGGACGCCUCUUCAAGUCAAUAAAGAAAGCAAGUGUAGUACCUGUGGGUCUUAUAUCAACAAUUCAGCAGACACUAGAGUCAACCAAACUGGGAACGGCAAACAUGAAAUUGCCAAUGUCCUUCCUGGAGGCAGUGAUACUGUUCACACUAAUGGAAACAAAGAGCUUGGUGCUUCCCAGGAGAAUUCACGGACGAAGCCUCUAGGUCCCAAAAGGACUCCAUUGUGGAUCCUUCCUUCUCGGCAGCGUGUUUUUUCAGAAUGCGUCAGGGAGACAUAUAUUGGCGAAGUUACUAGUGCUGAAGAUGUGGACUCCGCUUUAGGCAGCACCACUGACACAUCAGACAGCUACAGGACAGACAGUGAAGAAGCUGGCAUCAGUAGUCUGCAAUUUCCAAUCAAAAAUUGUCAUGGUGUCCCUAGACUAUUGUGUUCUUCAGAGAAGAAAUCCAACUCUGUUACCAGGGACGGGCAAUGGGGAAAUGGCAGUUGCAAAACUAGUAAAGAAAUUAUCUGGGGUAACAUUCCUAAUGUAAGCAGAUUGGAAAUUGGGUCAAGUACUGACGAAGCACAGAGUUGUAGCUUGCAGGGGGGCUCUGUGGUAAAAGAUCAGGAGACUCAGGCCGCCGUUCCAAGAAGCAAACAUCUAUUGAAUCUGUGUCAAAUGGAGAAGGAAGACAAAGACAAAGCACAAACAAAGGUACCUGGUGUCCAAUUGAGAGAACCCGUAUCUCCCAUCUAUUCUCAGCAGUUGGUUUUCCAAGAUGGUAUAAAAGUUCCUAUGAACCGGCCAGUCAAUCAUUUAUGCCAAACCAAGCAGCAUACAAAGCAGGUGGCCACUACCAACAAUUUAAUGAAUCUAAUACCAGCACCCCCUGCUACUGGAAAAGUUCCCUCCUCGCCAAUGUCUUAUAGGAGAGCUGUUUUAACAGGCAGCCACAAAUUGAUCAAACAGGAUUCUGGGCAUAUAACUAAAACCAAUGAACUAUCAGUUUCAGCUGCCUAUUCUGAUUUCCAGGAUGCGGGUGUAUCUGGGCUAGAGGAGCAUAAUGGCCAGCAGAAUCCAGGGACAGUCUCCAAACAUUUGGCUUUGUCUUCCAAUAAUCACAAUAAUGUAUCAACCAAGCCAGAGGCCGAAACCAUAAUAACGGGCAGAGAUGAGCAACUUCAAGAGAGUGAGAAGAUGGGAAAAAACCAAGUAGGUCCAUCAUCCUCAACAUGUGGUGUUCCCCCUGUUGUUCCCAAUGUCAUCAGUUCCACUGCUAUUAACCUCUCCCUGACAACUGAAGAGACCAACUUCACCAUCUCCACUCAGUCAAUCAGCAGAGAAGCUCCAGUAGCAGAUACGCAGAAGAUAAAACCCGGGCAAGCAAAUAUUAUUCAAUGCAAACACUUAGAAGUCUACCCGCAGCCAAAGAAACAGCAAUCCAUCAAGAAAGAAGUCUCUUCUACAUCAGGUUUAAAAAAAUUCUUCACUACUCUGAGUCAGAGCACCAAACAAAGAUUAGGCAGAUUCCGAUGUUAUAGCAUGGAACAGAUUUCUAUGCUAGAAUCAGGAGCUGCCAAGCCCAACAUGGAAACUGGUCCAGAUACCAUUUGUUCUCCAAAAAUGAAGAAAGUACCUUCCUUACAAUCUUUGCAGAGGGUGUCACCUUUCUGCCAACCAAGAAAAGCCUCUUCUGUUCAAAAUCUGCAUUCCUUUUUGGGAAAGAAUAAUCGGUCCAAUGUUUACCUGGUGGGGGAACCUAAGGAUGAGGAAGCUUCUUCUAACAGGAAAACCAGGACUCAGCAUAGAAGAUCCCUCAGUGUGGAGGACAUUGGGUCCCCUAACUUGGCGAGAACCGUUGGGCGGGUGGUAGCAGUUUUUCCAGAUGGAACUAGUCAGUUAGAAUUGCAGCGGUCCCAACAAUGCAACUUUGGGUUUCGUGUUUCUUCAGGGAAUGGGCGUCCUGAUACAGGUAUCUAUGUCCAGGAGAUGGCAGACACCAGUACAGCUAAACUCUAUGCUGGACUCUUAGAAGUUGGGGAUGAGAUACUUGAAAUAAACGGUGCCAAGGUUGCUGGGCUGGGCCUAGCCCGGAUCAAUGAACUGCUCUUGUGGGCGGAGACACUCUCCCUCAGAGUGCUGAAGCAGAGACCUGUUCGGCAGUAGCAGAAGAGGAGAUCCUUGCGCGGGAAGCUUGAAUGGGCGGCGUUGCCCUGUGAACAGCGCAAAGCAGUUCUGGUGCUUAUUAAGCCUACCUGAGACUUGGAGUUCACAUCCUUGUCUCAGUGCUUUUAUGACUUGGAUGUGGAUGGAGGCACAAACCAACCCCAUGGGUUAUUCUGUAAUGGAACCUGGUAUCUAUUGAAUAUUUAAUUUAUGCAAAGAUUAGUCAUGCAAUGUGGACUCUGUCCAUCACCAAGGAAUAAGAAUUAGUUAUCUGGUACCUCCCUGUACAAAGAAUCGGGGGAGAGGGGGAAGGCUUCAUCAGGUAACAAUUUGUGGAUAAAGACUUAUCUUUUGAUCACCAACAUCCCCACAAACUCUUUAUCUAAAAAUUGGAGAAUGCUGGGUCAUCUUUAAUUUGUAUUAAAGUACCCAUAACAAGUUGGGUUUGUUCAUAAAAAGGUUUUUAAAACAUUCGAGCUAAUACUUUUUCUGUUGACUGAAUUGGAGAGCUGCUAAUGCAUUAAGUGAUCCCUAUUGUGGAAAUCUUAUCUCUCUCCCUCCACACCCUUUUAUUUAUAAGGAAAGAUCCGAUGAUUUGGGAGUCUUUAAAGAAGUUAGAUCUCUUUACCAGAAAAUCUACAGUUCAUUUACAAACCUUAAGAGUCUUUACAGGCAUCCACAAAAAUAUCCAUUAUGUGCUAUUAUACAUAUGGCCAAACUCACUCAUGCCACAGUAUCAGUAGACAAUUCUGUCUAAUUGUUUUAUUUUAGAUGUUUUAUGUUUGCAGUGAAAGCUAUCUGACUUUGGAGUUUUCGCUCUUUCAGCAGGCCAGAGCUGAGAAUUCCUGAUGUUUGCAGAUUGCAAUAGCUUCUUCAAAAUACUGAACUUAAUUUUUGGAGAAAGUUUUCUCUGUUUCUACCAGAGAAAUUCUCCACCUUGCAAUUUUACAAGUCAGUCUGAACUUCAUAUUCCUUUAUCUCUCAUGUUCAGCUCUUUUUAAAACUUGCUUCUCAUGAAGGGGUAAUCCUGGGCCUGGAAUGUACUAUUCUAGAAUGCACAUGAAGUUCACAAGAUGCAAUGAUUUUUGUUUUGAUUGAUUGUAGGAAGUUAAUCAAUUUCUAGUUGCAAUCUGAAACUGUAGAGUUAACAGCCAGGUUUGUCAUCACUGAUUAUCUUUUGUGUCUGUCUUAGAGCCAUCUUCUAGUCUCUAUAGCUUCAAAGACCAGGUUAUUUCAUGAGCUUUGUACCCAGAAUAUGAUAUUGACAGGAGAGGCUUCUCUUUUUGAUGACUAUCUGUAUUCAGCCCUGACCUACAACCAUGGGCUGCUUUUGACAACACUGGAAAGCCUCUCUACCUUGUUUCACUUUAUUUUUCUGAUUAAAUUAUUUAUUAAAAGCA